GGAGCGGGAGGGACCUGGGCGGGGAUGCUCCGCACCGGCUCGGCGGCAGGAAAGAGAACUUCCCCUUUAAUGAUACACAUUGCCAUGUAAGAAUUUCUGGGGGGUGGAGCCGGCUGCAUAAAAGCCUGCAGGAUUUCCAGCUGCCUCAGACUGCCAUCAGCAUGAACUGCAGCCUGCCACAGCGAGUGCUGCUCAGCUCUGCCAUGGAGGGGCAGCGGGACAGGUUGUGCCUGCAGUCUCUCUGGGACUUUAUCACUGCAAAGGAGCUGCUGAUCAAGUCACCGUUCUUUCCAGUGCUCUUUUCUUUUACAGCAUACAUGGCUUUCUGUCUUCCAUAUGUUGUGCUGGACUUUUUAAGCAUCAGACUGCCAGACUUGAGAAAAUACAAAAUCCAGCCACAGAACUAUCCAAGUCUUCGAGUGAUGGUGCCUUGCGUUAUUCAGAGCGUGUAUCACCAUGUCGUUUUGAUCUUCCCGGUGACAUUUCUACACUGGUACUGGAGACCCAUGAAUCUGCCAGUGACAGCUCCAGAGCUGCCUCAAGUCCUGCUGCAAGUAGCAGUUUGUCUGCUGCUGUUUGAUUUUGAGUACUUCCUGUGGCAUUUGCUUCAUCACAAGGUGCCUUGGCUCUACAAGACCUUCCACAAGGUGCAUCACAAGCACGUGUCGACGUUCGCCCUUACCACCCAGUACUCCAGCGUAUGGGAGCUGCUCUCUCUGGGAUUUUUUGCUGCUAUAAACCCACUGCUCCUCGGAUGCCAUCCCUUGACAGAAAUGAUUUUCUUCCUUGUAAACAUUGGUUUGUCAGUGGAGGACCAUUCUGGAUAUGACCUGCCAUGGUCAACUCACCGACUUGUGCCUUUUGGAUUGUACGGCGGAGCGCCACAUCACGAUCUCCACCAUCUGAAAUUCAAAUCAAACUAUGCUCCUUACUUCACACACUGGGACAAACUCUUUGGGACAUUCACAGAGUCACAUUCUCAUUAAGAAUAUUUACCUGUGGAUGAACUCUUAUUUUUUUAUAUAGACCUAACUGGGACAUUAUUUUUUUAAAGACAUACAGAAGAUUGUAUAUUUAAAGCUGCCUAUAAAAGCAAUAGCUAUUUAUAACAAAUCCUCUUAAUAUAUGUGUAUUUGUGUGUGUACUUGGAUCUGCCUUUGUUAAGGGAAUGCAAAUGGCAAAGUGAAUAUCUGUUGCUUAAAUCUGAGUUAAAUGUUUAAGGGAAGCAUUAAGAGACAUUCUCUCUCCUUUCCUUCUUUCCAGCUUUCAUAAAGCAUGUAUCAUGUUACUGUAUGAUGUUUUAUACAUACACCAGAACAUUAUCUUACUCUUGUAGGAUGAUUUAUGAUGUAAACAGAAAAGGUACACAUCAUGUAUUUUGUGGAGUUUAAUCUGCCAGAGAAAAUUAUUGCGCAAUGAUUUUGCAAAAUAUUGCUGCCAAGUCAUGGUGGCUGGCUAACUGUUAAAUGAUUUUGUUAUUUAUAUUUUUUACCUUGAUGUACUGUCUCUUUUUGAUAGAGAAUAAAUAUGUUCAUUCUUUU